CUGUGGCCUCUAGCUGCAGGUCCAGCCCGCUGGCCACCCUACCUCAACGGGCCCUCGCAGGGGCUCCCACGUGAGCUACAAGCGGUGCUUUGCCGGUGCUUGGGGACCGGGAGCCAGUGAUGCAGCAGAGGCUGCGUGUUGCCUGACUGGGGAUGCUGUGGGCUGCUGUGGGAACGCCUGCCUCCCCGAACACAAAGUGACUGCAACUAAGUCGAGGUUGGGACUACUUCUCCGAGGAUGCCCUGUGUGUCUCCAGUCGCUCCCCUCUGGCCUCACUGCAGAAUAUUUGGAGUUGCUUGCUCACCCUUGCUGAGGGGGGACAGAGGCAUAGGCCUCCAGAGGGUUAAGAGCAUCUGCCUUUAUGCCAAGUGUUUGAGCAGGAAAUAAUCUGCAGAGAUACAUGUGCAGCAAUUCAACUGCUGCCGCUCUCCCAGGCUGCCGCCGCUGCUGCAGUUCAGUGUGUGAGAGAAGCCGUGCUGCUCACAGAAGAUGCUUUCUUGGUGUGUCCGAAGCGCCAGGCACGGCAGCGGAACCCUGGCUGUCUGAGCUGGGGUAAAUGUCUCCAUCCGAGAGGAAUUAUGUUGACUUGCUGGCUCUGUUGGCUCACCGAGGGUUGUCAUGCUAUGCUUGACUCGGCACUGACAUAUCUUAUAUGGAAGGCUGGAGAAGCAUCCCCAUUUUUAGCUGUAAUUUGGGCCCAAAUGCAGGCAAGAACAUGUUUCCUUUUUUUGCAAGAACAGGACACUUGUGCAUCCUCCUUUGGGAUGCUGUAGAGAAGACCUCUACUGCUGUGCAAGACCUCUGUGUUUCAGGUGGAGGAGAAGACAUGGGUCUGUUGCAUUCACUGCUGUGCAUGAAUCAAGAAGCCACAACCUGGCCUGGGGAUGGAGGCUGCGAUGAUGCCUGGAAAUUAGCUGCUCCUCUCCAUCCUGGAAAAGAGGAUCCCUUCUUACUCAGACACUAGGUCUCCCUGGCGUAUUGGAGUCUGCUCCCUGGUGACCAGUUCAGCUUGGUGCCAUCCACAGGUGCAGAGUGCUUCAAAAAGACCCCACUGAAAGCAUGCUAGCAAAACCCUGAGUCACAGACAGCAAAAUUUUCUCACACAUCACCAUACACUGGCCUCCAAUCCUCUUUGGAGCAAAUACCACAGGCGCGGAACUUUGCUGUUUCCUGUUGUGCUGCCUGGGACAUUUUCCGUGUUAACAAGGGCUAAUGGAAACCUUCGUCUAGGUGGUACCACGUGAGGGUGAGACACUUGUCCUGCUCCCUGACGACCUCUCUCUGCUUUGGUCCCUGCCAGCAGCGCUGUGUCUCCACACACCAGAUGUGCAGGAGGCUGCAAAGAGCUUCCCUCCCUGAGCACAGGUGCUCUCUUUCAAGGAAAAAAAUGGUGGAACUGGAAACCAGCUGGAGAUUGCAAAGUCUCCUUUCCCUUGAGGUUGCUGGUCAGUGGUCACCUUCCACCACAUCUAAGGAAACUAGAAGAGCUCCACACUAACUUCUGUAAAGUUGUUUCACUAUGGAAGAGCAAAUGAUUUUCUGGCUCAGGUUUUGUGAAGUUCGGCAUCUGCCUUGGACCUGCAGUUUGGAAAAGGGAUCAUCUCUGAGGCACAGUUAAGAGACAGAAAAACCAGUCCCAGACGAUGAGCACUUUAAGUAGCACUGGAAUAUUACUCAGCUUAACGACAGUGUCUGUUACGCUGGAUUUUAGCUUGCAUGGUGGUCUGAUGGCUUGGUCCCUAAGCAGCAAUUUGACUCUGAAUCAGAGUUUGCCUACAUCUGAUCCUCCUAAUGCCUCAGAGAAGGGCGAAGUCUCUCGGAUGUCCAUGAGGGAGAAGAACUGGCCAGCCCUUCUGAUCUUGGUUGUCAUCCUGCUGACCAUUGGGGGGAACAUAUUGGUAAUUAUGGCUGUGUCCUUGGAGAAGAAGUUGCAGAAUGCCACAAACUUCUUCCUGAUGUCCUUGGCCGUGGCAGACAUGCUGGUGGGUAUCCUGGUCAUGCCGGUGUCGCUCAUUGCAGUCCUGUACGAUUAUGCUUGGCCUUUGCCUAAACAGUUGUGCCCUAUAUGGAUUUCCCUAGAUGUGCUCUUUUCAACUGCAUCUAUAAUGCAUCUCUGUGCCAUCUCUCUUGAUCGGUAUGUAGCAAUACGCAAUCCCAUUGAGCACAGCCGCUUCAAUUCCCGCACCAAGGCUAUUAUGAAAAUUGCUGCAGUUUGGACCAUAUCCAUAGGGAUAUCUAUGCCCAUUCCAGUCAUUGGUUUGCAGGAUGACUCCAGGGUGUUCGUGAAUGGGACCUGUGUCCUCAAUGAUGAGAACUUCGUCCUCAUUGGAUCCUUCAUGGCGUUCUUCAUCCCUCUCAUCAUCAUGGUGAUCACAUAUUGCCUGACGGUCCAAGUCCUGCAGAGACAGGCAACGGUGUUCAUGUGUGGAGAGGUGCCCAAGCAGAGGAGGAGCAGCGUAAACUGCCUCAAGAAGGAAAACAACACAGAGAACAUUUCAAUGCUUCACAAUCACGAAGGAGCAUCUCAUUUGAACUCUCCUGUAAAUAAGGAGGCAGUGCUUUUUCGGAAAGGGACUAUGCAGUCUAUCAACAACGAGCGAAGAGCCUCCAAGGUCCUGGGCAUUGUCUUCUUUUUGUUCCUCAUCAUGUGGUGCCCAUUUUUUAUUACUAAUGUUAUGUCUGUCCUGUGCAAGGAAGCCUGCGAUGAAGACCUCUUGAGUGAACUCCUUGAUGUGUUUGUUUGGGUGGGGUAUGUUUGCUCUGGAAUUAAUCCCCUCGUAUACACACUCUUCAACAAAACAUACCGCAGGGCUUUUUCCAAUUACAUCCGUUGCCAAUAUAAGAACAGUAAAAAGUCAGCGCUGCGGCAGAAUCAGUGUCUGAAUGUUGCUUCAACAGCUUUAUAUGGGAAAGAUCUGACUUUAACUAGUUAUCGAAAUGGUAAUGAAUUCAAUAGCAUGGAACUAGAUGACGAGGGCCUUGAAAUGCAACCAGGGACUUCAGAGCUCUCCAUAAACAGCUGUAAUGUUGUCAGUGAAAGAGUGAGCUGUGUGUAGAGGUGGCUCACACAGCCUUUCGCUACGGUGUAUCUGUAGCCAAAAUAUAUUGUAUAAAAAUGUAAGUGUUGGUCAAAGGACAAUGUAAAUAUUGCAUUCUGAACAAAGCUUUUUUUUUUUAAAGAAAAAAAAGAGUUGUCUUUCCAGUCCAGUACUUAAAAUCAUAUAAUUAAUAUACUGCAGUGAAGUUUAAGGUCCUAUAUUUACUGUUAAUACUAGAUCAGAACUAUUAAUUACUUUGCAUAUGUCAUGGACAAAAUGUUUGAAUUCUUCUUCCAGUGCAUGAACAAAAAUGCUGAAUAUUUAUCUCAGGUGACAUUUGCUGGAGUCCAGAAUGGCACGUUAAUAGUUAUAUAUCAAAUACAUGCUAUUAGACUUGGUCAGUAUAACUUUCUUUUUCAAGUUGACAGUAAAUAUAUACUUUAAAUCCUCACCCCUAUUUGUGCCGUGUAAAGACUGUACGGAAACCUGGCAGAGAGACAUCACGAAAGCAUAGCGACUAUGCAGACACCUGGCCAGACAUGUCCUGGUGUGGGUAGUGGCUUGCUGUCAUACUGGGGCAUUCUUGUACUUCAAGGGAUCUCUGUUAAAUUUUUAUUCCCUCUCCAAUCCUGCUGUUUUCUUUCCAUUCCCUGGGAGGCUCUGGCUCGCCAGGGAAAGGUGGAAUAUGCAGGUUUUGUGUGUUUUUGUGAUCCUAGCUGGGAUCACUUGCACACUUGGAGAAGAAGCACAAGAAACAGUGAAUACCAAUUAUCUGCUUCAAUCAUUUUAUAAAUGGAGUGCCUCAGAUUUAUAAAAAGUCCAAACUGAUCUUACAGACAGUCAUCUGCUCUGGGAUGGAACAAGAUGUUCUCAGUGUGGAUGGCACUGCCUUCACAGGUUGCUUGGGUGAUUAGGGUCUUUGGCUGACCCAGAAAAGAGCGCUUUGGCUUUAUAAGAGCUCUUGUCUUCUCAGUUCUCACAUCUAUUUAUUUCUGAGCCUGUUUAGCACCUGCUUUCAGUUUUCAGCAUCCUGGGACUUGUGUUGCUGGUGAUAAAACACUGCUUUGGGUGUAGAACAGAAACUGCCGUGCAUGUGGUGCUGGUUGGGGUCAGACUGUGAGGUGCAGGAUAAACCUCCCUGGGGGAAUCUAGGACAGAGGCAUACACGAGGGUCCCUGCUCAUUUCUCCUGUCUCAGGAAGGGGUGGGCAGAGUUGGAAAGAGUGUGACUGGUAUUAUUUGCUGGUGAAGUGGUUCAAAAGCAAAGAAUGGCCAGAGACAGGAAGGAAGCAUUAAGCCUAGAUAGAAGAUUAAUCUGUAUGAACUUUUAAAUUGUUUUUAUUCCAUUUCACUCCCAAAGUAAAUUAUAGUAUAUCAUAUUGACACCACUUACAUCUUAAUGAAAGCACCCACACUGGGCUUAAAUGCAGUUUCUGUAAUCUGCUUUUAAUUCGCACCAUGUAUAAUUUGAAUUAAUUUUCCCGUGUUCUCAUGUAGCAAAACCCUCCAAGGCAUCAUGUCUUUCUGGCACUGAACCUCUAGGGUGAUGCCUCUCAUUCAAUUUUGCUUGUGUAGAGUAUUGCCUAAUGCCAUAUAUCACUCAUAAGGUUUUUACAUCUUCAUUAACUAAUUCUGCAGUGCCCAUCUAACACAGAUGCAUUUAGCAUCACUGACAGCCUCUGGCUAUGAAAAUCCACAGAACAGAAAAGCUUACGCUAGGCAUGGAUAAAUUGCAUUUUACUAACAUGAACUGCUUUUAUUCUAAGCUUGUUGUGUUCAUCCCACUAAAAUUAACUUGUAGAAGAAAUGGAAAAUUCUGCUAGUUUUUUAGCACGGCACCAUUCUGUUGCAUUGCUGUUUACGGCAACAAUCUCUCUUAAGUCCACUACUGAAACACAACACAUGAGUUGCAUCUGCUGCUGGAUUGCUUCCAGCUUAAAGUGUUCAUAGUCCUUCUCUCCUUCAUCCCCUCCUGUGAAAAAUCCAUAAUACUCCCAUGCAGACAGGAGAAGUAUCCCAGUACGGAGUGAGCUUACUGCUUCCAGAAGACAGCAGAGAUGCACCGUGUGCCAGCGUGCUGAUACUACUACAGGCUUGAAUGCUCAGGAAUCCACUUGCCUCUCCAAAAAGGUCUGGUAAUCAGUAGGAAAAGAACUGGCUGGAGACACAGGCUUGUGCCUUCACUGACUGCCCUUUGCCCUGAGUGAGAUUUUAUUAUCUCAAACAGUACAGAAAAAUCAAAAAGAUUGCGUUACUUUAUAAGUCUUUUUUUUUUCUUGGAUAAAUUCUUAGCACAUCUUUUCCGAACAUGUAUAUAUGUGUGCAUAUAUGUAUGUGCGAGUGUGCACAUAUAUACAUAUAUAUAUAUAUUUAAAAGCCAACCACAGACUUUAUAAGCAUUUAGCAAUAAGUUGAAUUACAAUGGCUUCUAGCGCGUCUGAAUAACUCAUUUUCCAUCGCAUUCUCAGAUUUGAUAUAAGUCCACACACAGGCAUUGUCUUCUCAUAGGAGCGUUUACCUCUUACCCUUGCCAGUUCUGUUGUAUGGUUAACAAUGGAACCUACUAUAUUUGGAUGUACAUAAUGGGAAUUGAACAGAGAAUCUACAGAUUUUUUAUAAAUGUUUUUUAAAAAUUUAGCACCAGAACUGUAAAUACAUCAACCGUUGCUACUCAGCUGGACCUGUUCUGAUGUACGUCACUCGUUUAGAUUAACAGACAAGGGGUCUGCCUUACAGUGCCUGUGUUUUCUCCUGGCAAGUGGGUGAUAACAUUUUUGUUAGUGGUUAAAUACUGUCACCCAGCUUCCUUUGGGUCAUUCACAUCAGGGUUUUGUGAUGCUGCUAUUAAUUUAUUAAAGAAAGUUUGUUGGUUUAAUCAUUCUUAAUUUUUUUUUUCAUGGUCCACCAGAAAAUAAAUAAAUUAACGUUCCCUCUCUUUCUUUCAUCUGUCCCCAAUUAAAAUCUUCCCUGAGUGACCAAAAUGCAAAACAACAACAAAAUAUGAGGAUGAGGUUGAGGAUGACUUUUAUUUUUCCUCCCACACUUGAAGUGUAGCCCACAGUUGCUUAAUCACAAAAAUGAGUGUCAGCAGAUAUCUCAGCACUU